AUGGCUGACAAAAAGCCCAAGGAAGGUGUCAAGACUAGGAGCAAUGACCAUAUUAAUUUGAAGGUGGCAGGGCAGGAUGAUUCUGUGGUACAGUUUAAGAUUAAGAGGCAUACACCACUUAGUAAACUAAUGAAAGCCUAUUGUGAACGACAGGACACACCUGCACAGUUGGAAAUGGAGGAUGAAGAUACAAUUGAUGUGUUCCAGCAGCAGACAGGAGGUGUCUACUAAUAAUGGAACCUGCUACUUUACC